AAUAUAAACAAUGCUGACAAUAAACUUAAAAGCCACAACCACGCUAUGGGAAAUAAAGCCUCAUUCUUGGAGCGUGAGACGAUCUGCACAUUUUUGGGAGACGAGUUACCUCAGCUCGCCCCAGCUGCAGCGCGCAGUCGCCGCCAUUCCCGCCUCUGCCGCCUCGUGGUUCGGGCGGAGGCCGUUCACCCUCAGCCGGCGUGUGGCUCGACUCUCGACGCUGCGGGGAUGCCGCGGAGAAAACCGGCCAGAAACGCCUAUCAUUUCUUCAUGCUCGAGAAGAUCCCAGAGCUGAGGCAGAGGGGGAUCGAAGUGAGAGGACUCAAGGACGCCGUUCCGCUCUGCGGCUCGGAAUGGGAGUCACUGAAUGAAUCGGAGAAGGAGAAGUACGUACAGAUGGCACAUCAAUGGAAAGCUGAGAAAGAAAAGAUGGUGAACAAAUCUGAAAAAAAUGAACAGUUGCAGAACCCUAUGCACCUUGCAGCAACAAGAGAAAUGAACAGUCCUCCCAUGAUAUGUUUUAGUGAUAAAGAGGUUUGUGAUGAAGUUUUCCAUUUUAUCAGCUUCCUUAGUUUGGCAGAUCUUCCUUCAAACUGUGAACAACGUUUCCUGCCUUGUGAAAUGGCUUGUGUUAAAUAUUCAAUGAAGAAAGGCAUAAUAGAUGAAUUUCAUUGCUUCAUUGAUCCAGGCAUGAUCCCAUAUGGUUUUCGAUACCAUUGCCAGCUUUCAAGUGACAGUACUCAUAAAAUUCCACUUUCAAACUUUGAAAUCGCCAGGUCCAAUUAUUGUGAGAUAUUUCAACAGUUCCUUGCUUUUCUGAAACCAGUAAGAAGCAAUGGUUUCAUCCCAGUUUACAGUAAGUUGGCUGAAUGCUUCAGAGUAAAUUGGUGCCUGAACUGGUUAGCCCGCAAAUCAGGCCGCAGCAGCAUUCCAGUGAAUGUUUUUGAGAUAGAAGAACUCGUAAUGAAACUUUAUGAGUACAAGCUUAAAGAAAAGCCUUCAAAGGAUAGUGUUGAAAGAAUGCUGAAUGUUAUGGUUUGGGAUUAUGCCAUGAAUACCAGGUGUAAAUGGCAUGAUGAGCAUGACAUAGUAUAUUGUGCAUUAGCAACAACCAAGAAAUAUGCAUACUGCAUCAGUGAUUCAUUGUCUUCCAUUUAUAAAUUUGAGAUAACAGCAGCACACAUUCCAAAAAGAGAGUUCACCUACGGCACCAUAUUGAAUCCUAAAGUAUUGGUAUUGGACCAUUCUUGCCAGCAAACAAAAGUCCCAGAGAAUUUGACCAGCCAUUAUUUUCAUUCGCCCUCUGAUCGCAUUUCCAGUGACUUCUUCCCUGCAAAUCCUGGUGCUGUUAGUGAUGAGCGUGGUGAAAGGUUUCACCAGGACAUUGUGGUCAUGGAGAAAAGAUACCAGGGCAACUGGAAUCCUUCAAUACUGGCAAAUUAUUGUUGGACACUUAAGCAAGAAGCCUCAGACACUGAGUACAAAUGAAAAUCAUUAGCAAAACAUUUUUAACUUAGUUGAACUAUUGCAAAGCAUCAGUACCAUUAUGCAAUUAAACACAUUAUAUUCAAUAAAAGUUAAUUUGUUGUUUCUCCAAAUCCCUACAUGAUACAAGUAUUCUGAAAUUAUAUUUGUGUUCAUCUUCAAGCAGUCUAACAUAAACAAAAAAAUUCUGAGGAAGCAACACUUCUGAAAAAAUUUGUUUUCCAGUGUAAUUUGUAUUUGGAAGGAUUACAAAGUAGCCAGCAUUUUGCUGUGUAUAUUUCAGAUAAUUUUAAAUGUUCAUGAUUAACUAUUGGAAGGAAACUUGCUGGUUUAGAGGGUAGCAAAAAGACAGAAAACAUUAUUUAGAAUUUUAUUCAGCUUUUAAAAUAAUUAUGGUUUACUCACAAGUAUUACACUAAUAAAAACACACAAUAUCUGAAGACAGAAAGUAUUAAUUAACACAGCAGGGUUUUGAUUAUAUCGAGGUAAAGUUUUAAUUUUUAUUAUUCUAUGACUGAAAAUUUUCCUAGUUCCAUUAAUAACUUUAAAAAGCUGAAAAUGUUUGUACUGCAUAUGAUUUGCAUAAAUGAUUAUGGUAAUAUAGUUAAAUCACUGGACCAUCAGACAGAAGUACAAGUUUGAACCCCUGCAUUCAGGUGGGAAUUGAUGUGAGAGAGACCAGAUUAUAGUGAAAUAAGUGGGCAAAUGAGGCUUAGCUUCAUGGGCCGAAUAGCCUCUGACAUCAUAAGAAAUAUGAGAUAUAGCAGCUAGAGAAUUUGCAGUCAAUUAAUUAAUCUUUUAUUUUAAAAUGUGUACUUAGUGAAAUAAUUUGUCAUGAAAAUUCACUUUGGUUCCUAAUGUCUUCAAGGGAAAGAAAUUGGCAAUUCCUUCCUGGAACAACUGUGGAAAAUUUAGAUACACAAAUGACAUUUGACUCUUAAUUCCUUCCCUGGUAGUAAAGGUUGUAAAUUGCAUGCUGUGUACCAGAAAUAAGUAAUUACAAACGGCAUUCUCCAGUAGGCUCAUUGCCUGGAGAUACAGGCCAGAUAGUGAAUUGCACACCUGUGUUACCUCAUGAUAAUGCAUCAUUUACAAGCAUCAUCCAUUUCUAGCUCAGGGAUUUCUGAAAGUUGCCAUUGAAGACAACAACAAUGCACGACUAGCUUAGAAAUAUAUGACUUGCCAACCAAGAAUCCACAGAAUGGGACAAAAUGGGUGUUAUUAGAAAGGAAGAGCAAAUUGCAUAACAGUGCUUCAAACAAUCUAGAUUCUGCUUGUGAAAGGCUGUCCAUUUUGUGGUGUUGCAACUGCCUAAGUUGAUGUCAAGUGAGAUGCGACAUGCAGAGUCUAAUUAGACACAUUUUCCAAUCCUUGCAGUUUAGCUACACACAAGGUCACAAAACAGCAUUUCUGAAACAUAAAAAUUGUCCAGCAAUAAUGAUUCUCAUUCUGAAUUUAAAGAUCUUCAGCACACUGAGCAAAAUUACCUUAAAAAAAGUGCCAACAACAUCAGUGACAAAUGGCAAUCUAUAUUUCAGAACAUAAACUUAACAUGUUAUUUUAAAAGAACAUUAAGAGUGUACAACCUAAAACUAGUACUGUCACAUUAAUACAUAGCAAACUGAACUUUGAAUAGAAAUUUUCUU